CAGAUUACGUUCAAGCCCUACUCCGCAUGCGCAUCAAAAACAAACAAGCGAUUUGAUUGGUCUAAAUCCACAGCGUACAAACGGUCUGGGAAAUUUGGAAAGUAAGGUUAGUGUCCACUAGCCUAGGUUUAGAGACAACACAGAUGAUAGAGACCAGUCAAGAUGCCAACUGCUGGAGAAGCUAAGGCCAGGGUGCAAGGAGCAAAAACCCCAUCCCAGGCAGGUCAGAAGGAAAACAUCAGACAGACAGUACACUCUGUGAAAAGUAAAAUCCCUGUGGCAAGUAGCAAAAGCUCUGUAAAGAAAAGCGUCAAGCUGAACAAGGCUAGGCCAAUACCCGACUUCAACAAGCUUCACCAGAACUGGAGUGAUAGGUUUGAACGUGGAAAAGCAUGUAGCAAAAAGCCAUGUACAGUUGCAAGUGAAUUUGUACUUACAAAAUCUGGUAAAAAAAUUCGUCCCAACAAGCCUCAAGAUGUUUAUGACCAUAAACAAUACGAAGAUGAAGAUGAGGAAUUUUUCGACCAGAACGCAUUGGAUAAGGUGGUUGCAUACAAGGAACCUGGAUCUCAUGCUAGGCCUGUGAAGAGAAAGAUCCUCGGAGAGUUAGCUGCAGAGUUUAACAAACCACCAUCUGAGAGAUCUCCCAGGUCACCUAUUGUUGCACUGGAUGAUGAAGACUUUGGUUUCAAGACUGAUGCUGGGGCCCUGGAAAGUAUCCUCGACAACACUGGGAUUUCAAGUAACUUCAAUGCAAAAACUCCAGUCUCCCACUCAACAAUGGCUGCAAGACACAAGAGCCCACACACAGGACUUAGGCCCUCUAUCUACUACAAGGGUCCUGGAACCAGAACAACAACAACAAAUCGUGCAUACACUGACAUUCAAAGUCGAACCAUGUCCAGAACUACUUUGGAUGCACGCUUGCAAGUACCUGGGCUAGAGCGAGCUGCAGGUGGUACCUCAAAACAGCAGCAGCAGGAGCAGCCCAGACAGUCUAUAUACUAUGCUGGAACUGCCAAGUCAAAGAAAGCUCAUCAAAAGAAAGUCCCAAAAACACCUGGCACUGCAGCCAGAGUGCGGCUUCUUCAGACUAAAUCUCCAGCCAUGAGAUCCCCAGCUUUUAGAAAGACACAAAAGGUGCCAGCCAGUUGCUCUGCUGUAAGGUGGUCUGAUGUUCUACACCAUAGCAACAUCAAGAACAAACCAGUGGAUAAUCUAGCUAUGAGGUUGUUUGAGGGAGAGGACCAAACUGAGGAUGCAAUGAACCUACAGGCCAGGAAAGUCUCACAAAUAGGACAUCUUUCAACAGACUCUAAAGCUCAGGAUAUAAAGAUUGAAGAACUGGUUGAAAACAGCAAGGAUCAAGUUAACAGCCCUAUGUUUGAAUCUUUGGAUAUUGAUAGAGAAGCUGCCUUUAAAAAACUAAAGGAGAUUGAAGAAAUGGAGAGACUUCUGGAAAGAGACAUUGAGGCAAUGGAGACUGUUAAGAUAAGUCCCUCUAACCAGUUGACCCAACCCUCCAUCCAGUUGACCCAACCCUCCACCCAGUUGAUCCAACCCUCCAACCAGUUGCCCUCACACCUCUCCGUUACCCAACCUAAGAGAUCUCUUAGUCCCUUCGGCAGUAGUCCCCGUGAAUGUGACAUAAACCCCAAUGUUGUUAAUACAGAGGGGCAGCCAUUCAGGUGGACUGAUAAAGGGUCUCCUGUGAGACCAGCUAGCAAGACUCCACCUGAGUACAGCCAGUCUUAUACAUCUGGCUUUAUACAGGAUAAUCCACCCCAGUUAAGACAGGACAAUGUACCCCAGUUUAGACAAAAUAAUCCAUCCCAGUUUAGACAGGAUAGUUUUGCUCAGUCUAAACUGGAAAAUGCAUCUCAAUUCACAUAUGAAAAUACACAUGUGAAACAACUGAACUUUCAUGAAAACAUGAAAACAAACCUCCAUAAACUUCAGCCAGGUGGAAGAACUACUGGUAUCAGUUUGGUGAAGCAGGAGUUUCUGGACGAUGAGAUGACGGGUUUACACGGAGCCCAUGAUACUCAGCCACAAUAUGGGCAAGCUUUCACCAUGUUACAGGAACCACAAAAUCACAAUAUUCUACAGCUGCAGGGAUCACAAAAUAAUAAUGGUAUUCCACAGUUGCAAGGACCACAAAAUCCACAGCUGUUUCAGAAUCAAAUUGAACCAAAUCAUGUAAAUGUAAUGCAGACACCAGCUUUUGUAGCAUCAAAUUACACAAAUGUAAAUAAUGCAAUACCAGAAAACCAUGCACAGCAAGCACACAUGUUAAGCACACCCCAGGGACAUCUUGAGCAGCACGAGGAAGAUGAUAUCAUUCACCAAAUGAAUGACAUUGAACAGAGGAUAAAUGAAUCAAUCUGUGAGACGAUAGACUCACAUUCAACCACUGAUUUCCAAACAAACAUUGUCAAUGAAGUACAGCGUAUCAGCUCUGUUGUUGAAAACAUGAUGAAACAUCAAUCAAAACAAACAAACCAGGAGCCAAUCACACACCAGAGUGAGAUUCUAAAACAACUACAGGAUAUAGGAGCCAAAAUGGAGCUUAUGAUGCACCAACAACAAGCUCAAAACUCAGUACACAGGCAAGCACACACAUACAAUCCUCAGCAGUCACAGGCUCAGCAACUGCACCAGCAAACCCACACUGAAGCAUCAUGUGCACAAGAGGAACACAAUGAGCCACCACAAACAAAAAUACCCAGCCUACAAAUGCUGCAAAAUGAUCAAGCAUACAUGCAGUCACCAGAGUUGCUUCGUCAACAAUCAUGUGAUAUACAAACAAGUGAUAAAUCAUUGGCUAUAAUACCUGGGGAGCACUCAGCUAAAGCACUUGGCCUACAGCAGUACAGAACUCCAACUACUCUCAUGUCAAGUCUUUCAGCUUUCCCCAAAAUGUCAAUCAUACCAGAGGACUCAAAUACACCACCCCCUCUACAACAAGUCACACCCACUCAGCAACAUGCCACACCUACCCAGCAACAAGCCACUCCCACUCAUAUUGAACCAACACCCAUUCAGAACAAAGCCACACCCAACUUCCUCACUCCAACUAUGCCCAGCCCUGGUGUCCCCUUCAUGCAGUAUAUGUCCCCAGUACCCCAAUUAUUAACCCCAGUAGUUGUUAAACCCCAAGUCUUCACUGACUCAGUGUCAAUAAAGACUGAAGAAUCUGGAGACAACGACCCCACUACUGCAGGAGACUUCCAGACUUUGUUGAGUGACCUAGAAAAACAGAUUGCUGGCUCAGUAGAACUCAACAUUAAGAAUAAAUUCUUAGACAUUCUAAUAGAUGAGGAGUGUGCCAUCUAUGCAUGUCGCCAGAUGACACAGUACACGCCUAAGAUGUCUCGCUGUCGGGACCCUGUGGCCUUUAACCUCACCGAUGGAGAUGACCGGCAUUUUAUCCCUAUAAGAGAUGCAUGUUGGAGCAAGAAACCAGCUGGAACAUCAUUCACAGUCUAUACUAAAGACCUAUGAGCAGGAGUGGACAACAGAUAAUCAUAUGAGAUCCUGUGGGAAAUAGCAAUGCAACCAUGUUCUCAUAGAACGAAGAAGGCGAAAAGGAGUGGAAUUAGCAAGGAAUGAAGUAAACAAACAUGAAGUUUGUAUCUUCAGUCAACAGUACAGUUAACCUGUCUAUAAGUGAACAUUUCUGGAACCAGCUUAAGUGAUUUCAUUAAGUGAUGGAGGAGAGAGAGGUUGUGAUAUCUACUAGGGAGUAAAUGGCAUAUCUCAUAACUGGGAUAACAAGAACAUUUGAUGUGUUCAUGUUACAGAUAUGAUCACAUUACAUAGAGGUUUUACUGUACCAUACAUAAUAGAAAUUCCCCCAUUCAAUGCUAUGUUUUUCAACCAAUGUAUUAACAUGGACAUCAAGCUGUUCUGGUUAAUAUGCUAUCUAUCUGACAUGGUCAAAUCACAAGAGAAUUCAUUCAAUUCAAAAUGUCAUUUUUGAAACUAGUUUUAUGCCUUGACCCCAACCUCUAAAUUAAUUUACAAAAUAUUGAAUGAUGACAUUUUUAAUCUGAUUUGAUAGGACAAGACAUUUCUUUAUUAAGAUUAUCAUAUAUAGAAACAUGUCUUUUGGCAGCAUUCCUAAAUAUUGGGAGAUCAAUUUUGGCAACCAUUUGUGGUAAACUUGUUGAUGAGUUUAUUUAUGGACUACAAUCAAUGAAUCAAAUGAAAAAUGCACUACAUGUACAUGGUGAACUGAAAUCCUGUACUAAAAUGGGGCAAUAUGUCUCAAUAUAUACAUAUUUAAAAAUUGUUUAGAAUGUAUUUAAAAAUAUAUCUAGAGCCGAUUGGAAAUAGAGUUAAAGUAUUUGGGAGGUUGAUGAAAGUUGAGAUUUGAGAGGUAAAUGGAUGAAUUUUUGAUUUUGAGAGGUUGAGUGAAGAAUUGAUAUUUGAGAGGUUUAUUGAAAUCAAUUUGAGAAUUAAGAGGUUGAUUUAAGAGUUAGUUCAAAUUUGAAAGGCUAUCAAUUAAUGUGCUACAGAGAUGUGUACAGUGCAUUCUGCUUCUUGUGUGAAGUUUUAUGUGAAAAUUAAGGUGAAUGUUGUAUUGAUUAUUGUUGUUUCAAUUAUAAGGCCUAUUAUCGUAUGAUCUGUAAAAUGAAGCCCUCUGAUUGGUCAGUUCUUGUGCUGUACCAAUCUGUAUUGCUGAGAUUGUCCCCGUUGAUCAUCUCCGUCGCAAUACAGA